CCGCCUUCUGUAACUCUCUUCUCACACGAUGCUGCACACGACUGGAGGCGCUUGACUCCUCCUCCCUCGCGCUCGCUGUAUUUUUCUUUUCGCUACUGCAACGCCAAACCACGAAUGCAACCCGCCUUUUACAUGGUGGCUACGGAGAGAACGCCCGCCGCGCUUCGCUGCACUGCUGUACUGACAAAUUCCCCUUUUGGGACUCGCUUUGCCGACGGAUGAAGGAUAAAUCUCACGACGGCCGCCCCGGCGCGGCAAAGGCGAGGCUGUGGCGCGCGAGUUUGGGGCCUGUCUCGCCGAGGCGUCUGAGCAAGGCCCGAGGCGAGAAACGGGUUGAAAGUUUCAAGUCGACGGCGCGGUUGCUCGACCUGCUCGGUGCCAUGGCGGCAGUGGACGAUCCGAGGUGGCCAGCCGCGCGCCUCGUCUCCACUCUGCUGGGAUCCGGUGGGUCAAGGGCGAGGGAGGCCAGCUCGCCAGUCUGUGUGGCACGCCGGCCGUCAUGAAAAGGAAAACAGACUUCCAACCCGCUGCCACGGGCUGACAGGUGUGCUGUGGAGAAUUGGGGGAGGGGGCCUGGCGCUCGAGUUAUUGUGUCCAAGCUCCCAGUGGUCCCAAAGUGUAGGCGCGUGGCUUGACUAGGUGCGGUGCACUUUCCGAGACUGUGCUUGGGUGUGAGUGGGUGGGGGGUGUGUGCAAACAGGAUGUGGGAUCCAUCAAUCUUGCGCCGUCAUCUUCGCUCCUGGCGGCAAUAUCACACACUCACACACUGUCCGGGCCAGCGAGCGAGGGAGCGGCUCCAUCUUCUGGCCGCCCCUGUCCCGGUCUCAUCUUUACUUACUCUCUCGCUCUACUCCGCACUCUUUCCCACCUACUCUCCCCGCUCAUUUCGGCUUUCUAGUGAUCGUGUCUUCGCCUCCUUUUGUUUUUCUGAAUUUUUGCAUUUUGCAUUUUUUUUCUGAUGUUCUAGAACACAACGUAAGCCACCUGCGUCUUGUGCCUCGUCUGCAUCGCUGGGGGAACCCGCACACUCCUUCAUACCCCUCGGCCCUCACCCGCUCACACGCUGGUUCUGGUGCUCCUCCCACCCCCAACAGAGCCCACGCUCUCGACGCUUCACUCUCUCCCUUCUCUCCACUACCGAGAGACAGACUGAUCCGCCCCUGGCGCUAGCGACCAAUUCGUCCGCCUGCUCGCCACCUGCAGUCUCCCGCGCUGCUUCUCUCUCCUUGCUGCUAGCCCCUCGGCGUGCACCACGAGAGAACGAGAAAGUAAAAAAAGUAAAAUAAAAAAAUAGCCCGCAGAUGCUGCGAGCAUAAUACCCACAAUCCGGCUUCUCCUGUUCGCGCUGGCUGCUGGCUGCGCACACCCCCCUCCCCUCCCCUCCCCUCCCCUCCCAGUCCCGC